UACACCGGCGCCGCAAACCCCGGUGUGGAAGCCGUCGCACCGUGCGCAGGCCCCGUCCAUGUUCUCGCUGUUUUCCUCCGCACAACCAGCAGCUCCCAGCGGAGACGUAGACCCGGAGACGCCGCUCCCGACAUUCGACGUGCAGCCGUCCCUGCUCGCGGUCGACCUCAGCCUCGCCCCAGGCGAGUCUCGAAGCUAUACAUAUAGCCUAGUGCUGCCAGAGAACCUCCCGCCUACGUUCAGGGGCCGGACGCUCAAGCUCUCAUACCAGUUCAUUCUGGGCGUGUGUCGCGCGGCGUCGAGUGGCCCGACGAGUCGCUCCGGGGCGACGAGCGCGAAUAGCAGCAGCAGGGUGAUGAAGGUGCCGAUACGGCUGUAUUGCCAUGUCGCUGUUGGGAGGCCGCCUCGGCCAUACGAUCUACUCUGGCCAGUGGCAUACUGGAAGUCGAAGGGGGCGCAGAGCACGGCAAAAGUCGUCGAAGAGCCAAAGCAUCCAUCCAAGAAACCCGACUUGGUACCUGGAGCCCCGUCUCGGAGAGAGUGCAGAGACGGCAGCUUUGAGGAGCUGCAAGACUAUGCGCAGCAUCUCCUCUCAUCUCUCCAAGAUUCAGAUCCGCGAAUCAAGCUCCCUUGGAGGCGAUCGAGCUUGAGCGGGACCGCGAGCGCGAGGAGGCCGGCGUACUCUCAGGACGGGGUGAAGGUCGCCGUAUUGACAUUCACGAAGUCGGCGUACCGCUUAGGGGAGACAGUGCUGGGAGUUGUGGAGCUCAAUGAACGCCCGAGCCGUGCUCGCGUGCUCAAGCUCUCCGCGAUGCUCGAAGCGCACGAGUCGCUGCCGAGCGUGCUGUGUCCCGCGACGGCGUCGCGACAGAUGCGGCGCGUGCACGCCGAGCAUCACUCGUCGUUCCUGCCGUCGACGCUGCGAACAACGUUUUCGCUGGACAUCCCGCCGGACGCGAGCCCCGCGUUCCAGGUCGACGUGGGCGCGGACCAGGGCGGGGGCACGCGCGCCGGCGGUCUCGAGUGGAAAGUCCGGCUGUGCCUGCUGGUGGCGGUUGCGUCUCCGACGGCGCGUGAGGGCCCAGACGGCGUGCGGCUGCGCCAGUUGGUACGCGAUGGACCGGGGGGACAAUGGGGCUCGUCGUGGAAGGCUGCGUCUAGUAUUGCGCCCAUGGAACGGCCGGAUCUUCGCGCGGAGGCGGCGACGGGGGCCGGGGCGCAGAGCCCAGUCACGCCCAGCACGGCCGCGUCGUGGAUAUCGUACUUCACCGCGCCGCUAAUGGGGCCGGCGUCGACGUUCCACGACGGGGACGAGGAUGGGGAUGGGAGCGACGAGGGAGGCACGGUGAUCGGAGAGAGCGACGAGGGGUGGCGGGAGGUGAAGGCGGAGAUGGUCGAGUGCGAGGUACCGAUCAGGGUGUGGCCGGGAAACACCGCGUUCAAGGCUACGGAGGUUGUGUUCGAUGUUUGACUGUGGACUCUUUUUUUUUUGUUUUUGUUUGUCUUGUUCGUCUGCCCCUGGAUGGAAUUCUGUGUGGUGGUGUCGUGCGAGCAGACUUGGCGAGUUAACGUUGCGCCGUGGGGAGAGCCGACAUGUCGGAGACUCUGGUGUAUACUCUGAUGCUAGCGGUGCAGCUGCCCAUUUCUGAUAUCCCCCGUCGCCGACACGUCAUGUUAGAAGCGCAAGAAGGGGGUCAGCAGUAUGGGCGUGUGAGGCCCCCGCGAACGAGCGUGUCCGUGCGCGUCGAUGUGGGGGAUAGCUCGGCCGUGCGUCUCACGGGCGAUAUGGAGUGGGUGGGCGUUGAUUGAACGGGUCGGGCGAGCAUGCUCUGGUGCGGUCAGCUGGUGGGCGGGGCCACGGGGGGCAAGGAGCAG